AUGCGGUCAAUGCGCGGUGCGACUCUGACAGAAGAAGAUGGUGACAAAGAGCACGUCUACCGUCCGUUGUUGUUUCAUUCCACAGGCUACGCAUCAUCGGAUCUGUAUCUUGACUCGUAUGAAAUGCACUCGCGUCUUCCAAUGACAUCAUUUGCUGUACCUUUAUUAGACCAAGAGACUCGUGCUACCGGCUCGAAUGUGAAUCAGAAUCAGAAACAGAGAAAUGUAUUUGAGCCGCAUAUUCGAUUAGAGACACUAUCAUCUCGAGCUGCUACAGCUGUGAUCUGGAUCACGUAUGUGGCAUUUGUUUUAGCGAUUGCUCUACCCUAUUUACAGAGUAAAGGAUACCUGGAAACGACAGUAACAUUGCCAGGAGGAGUAUGUCAGACUGAAAGUAGACGAGAUCCUUGCAUUGAAGUGAACAAAACGAAAAAGACUGCUCAGUGGACCGCGUAUGUGGCAAAUGUGUCGCGAUAUGCUGGCUCAAUUGAGAUUAAACUAGCUAUUCAGGAGCAAGUAAAUACGUCCAUGUCGAAGGCGUUGGUGUCGGCGUUGGGGAAAAGCAACAUGUUUCAAGAACUGGAACGAGUAUGGACAACUUGGGAAAUGGGUCGGGAUGCAAACAGAGCUAAAAAUAAUUUGCUGAAAGAAAGAGCGAGUGUAUUGAAGAUGCACAAUAUAGAUGAUGAUGAAGCAGGCUAUGUUUUGUAUUAUGAUACUGAGCUGUAUGGGAUUCGCCAAGACAUGAAACCGAUUGCGAAGGACCUCGUCGUAGAAGACCGCAAUCGAAGUGUCUGGGUGGAGUGCCGAGCAAAAGUAUCAUGUGAAACUGUGAAGUUGCUUGAGCUAACGCAGGAUAUCGACCGUUUAGGUGGAUAUGGAUACACUACAUACUUUGCUGUUGUGACCUUUAGAGGACUGUAUCCUAAUGUAAUCGGCAAGGAUGUAGUGUAUCAGUUUGCGUACACCAAUCCAGUCAUCUACGUCAGCGAAGUCGUUGUUCGCGGAGUAUUAGUGCUAACGUCGAUUUUUGCGCUCGCAUGCUGGCUUAUUUCGGUGUUAAACUUUCACAGUGGAUCAUGGAGUCAAGUUCUUACCGUGCAGAAGUGGCUGCUGGGCGUUGGUAUUGUGUUCGUACUGUGGCAGAAUCCAGUGUAUGCCGUCUCUGAGCUGUACACCUCUGUAAGUUUGCGUACUCGGUUUGUGUCGAUCACGUGUCAAUCAUUUGCGGAGGCGUUUUUGUACGUGUUUUGGUUGAGCCUUAUGGACCAUCAGAGCGCUCCUUCUCGAAGAUGCUCAUUUUUUCCAAAGCUCAUAUUUGGCUUGGUACUCUUUGCAGUAGACACGAGUAUGACUGUAUUACGGUUGCCUAAGUUAUUCUCUGGAGAAGAAUGGACGCAGUUGACGUUUGACUUUUGUCACGACGAGCUCUAUGUGUUUCUUGGUUUUAUUCGGACGGGUUUGGUGCUAGUUUGGCUCGUUUGGGUAAUGUCAGCUGGGGCGCGAUCCGGUCGACAAUUAAAGACAUUACCAUACAUGGCAACACGCUAUAAACAAUUAUCGUACCGGUUCCUAGUACUCGAGACGCUUCUUAUUUUCGUUUACGCCUUUGUCCUCUCAGCUCUUCAGAUUUUCUACCUGGCCGAAACGUGGUACUUUAUUGGUUACGAUGCAUUCAUCCAGGACGCUGUGCAUACAUUCACCAAGAUGAACACUGGCCACCCGUCGCUGGGUAAAUUCCUGUUCUUGUCAGUGUAUGUAUACCUUGUCAUGUUUGUGCACUUGCCCCCACUUGUAGGCAGCGGUACAGGCUUGUUGAAGUCUACAGCUUUCCACAUCGACGAAAAGCCACGCAUAGACAAGUACGGGUUUACAACACCCGAUUCAAAUUUGUUUUGCGUUGAAACGGCUAGAUGGUUGCUUGAAAUGGCGUAUCAAGCUUACUUUGACCCGCCUGGAUGCCCGUCCUCUUCUGGCUAUGGCGAGCUUUCGCUUGAGCGACAUGGUUUUGAGCUCAUCACUCAUCUAAGAAGCAACCUAACGGAUACACAUGUGGUCGUCGCGUGGAGUCAAGAGGACCAUCAACGUCUCGUGAUAUCAUUCCGAGGCACCACUAGCAAGGAAAACUGGAAGAGCAAUCUCCGUGCAGACCAAAAGGUUUUGUGGAUAAAAUCUCGAGGGCUACGGGGGAAAAAGUCAUGCCUUGAACGAGUGAAGGGCUUUGCAGCGAAGAUCCCGCUACUUAACAUGGCAUUGCCGCGGGUCCACCGAGGGUUCUGGACUGCCUACGAGUCAGUUCGAGAUGAACUCAAGGAAGUGGCACGGCUCAUUCUCGACGAAAAUCCCGGUGUGUCAGUCUAUAUUACCGGGCAUAGCAUGGGUGGUGCUCUUGCAGUUUUAGCUGCCUAUGACCUUGCAUUAAAUUUCAGCAUCAAAGUCAGCAUGUACAACUUUGGUUGUCCCCGAGUUGGCAAUCCUACUUUUCGUCAGCACUACGAUAGCUGUGUUUCAACGAGCUACCGCGUUGUUAUGGACGGCGACAUUGUGCCAGGAUGGCCAAGAUUUUGGGGACUUUACCAGCAUGUGGGAACUGAGAUUUCAAUUGAUGUGGCGGGUAACCUGAUUGUUGACCCGAGUUUUGUGGAACUCCACCUUCACAACUCAUCGAGGCGCAAGACAACAAUGCAUGGAACGAACGUAUAUCGAGCGUCGAUUGCCAAGUGCCUUGAAAAUCUUGCGGCUUCGUAG